GGUGGGGGGGAGGGCGGGGAGCUCGGAUCAUGGCCUUGGGGCUCCCGGGGCUGCCGCCGAGCCGCAGCUCGCCUCCGGGGCCCGGCCAUGGGGCUGAAGGCUCGGCGCGGCGCUAGCGGGGCGGCGGCGACAUCGGGCGGCCGGGCGGCGACAGGAGGUGGCGGCGGUGGCGGCGGAGGUGGCGGCGGUGGAGACCCCGAGCAGGGCUCGCUGGCCCUGGGGUCCGGAGCCGAUCGCGACGGGACUCUGCUGCUGGAGGGCGGCGGGAAGGACGAGGGGGGCAAGCGGAGCCCGCCGGGCUUGGGGCUGCUGGCCAAGACCCCCCUGAGCCGCCCGGUGAAGAGGAACCACGCCAAGUACCGACGGGUCCAAACUUUGAUCUACGACGCCCUGGAGCGACCCCGAGGCUGGGCGCUGCUCUACCACGGCUUCGUGUUUCUGAUUGUCUUGGGGUGUUUGAUCUUAGCUGUCCUGACAACUUUCAAGGAAUAUGAAACUGUUUCAGGAGACUGGCUCCUCUUGUUGGAAACUUUUGCCAUUUUCAUCUUUGGAGCAGAGUUUGCCUUAAGAAUCUGGGCUGCUGGGUGUUGCUGUCGCUACAAAGGAUGGAGGGGGAGACUCAAAUUUGCCAGAAAGCCUCUGUGCAUGCUGGAUAUCUUUGUGCUGAUUGCUUCAGUGCCAGUGGUUGCUGUUGGGAACCAGGGCAAUGUUCUGGCCACAUCUCUCAGAAGCCUCCGCUUCCUUCAGAUCCUAAGGAUGCUCCGAAUGGACAGGCGGGGUGGCACAUGGAAACUUUUGGGAUCAGCCAUUUGUGCACAUAGCAAAGAACUCAUCACUGCUUGGUACAUCGGGUUCCUGACGCUCAUCCUAUCCUCGUUUCUUGUUUAUCUGGUUGAAAAAGAUGUGCCUGAAAAGGAUGCUAAUGGUGUGGAGAUGAAGGAAGAGUUUGAAACCUAUGCAGAUGCAUUGUGGUGGGGGCUGAUCACCCUUGCUACGAUUGGGUAUGGUGACAAGACCCCCAAGACAUGGGAGGGCCGGCUGAUUGCAGCUACGUUCUCUCUCAUUGGAGUGUCUUUCUUUGCUCUUCCUGCAGGCAUUCUGGGAUCAGGGCUGGCACUGAAGGUCCAGGAGCAACAUCGUCAAAAACAUUUUGAGAAAAGAAGAAAGCCAGCAGCUGAACUCAUUCAGGCUGCCUGGAGAUACUAUGCUACUAACCCCAACAGGAUUGAUCUAGUUGCUACCUGGAGGUUUUAUGAAUCAAUAGUAUCAUUUCCAUUUUUUAGGAAAGAGCAAUUGGAUGGUACUGCCAGUAAUGUCAUGUUUAGUAGGGAGUCAUUCUUUGGAUCAAGCCUCACAAGAAAACUUAGCCAAAAGCUGGGUCUCUUGGAUCGGGUUCGUGGUACCAAUACUAAAGGAAAGCUAUUUACCCCUCUGAAUGUAGAUGCCAUUGAAGAAAGUCCUUCAAAAGAGCCUAAGAAUGUUGUCUUGAAUAAUAAGGAGCGUUUUCGCACUGCAUUCCGAAUGAAAGCGUACGCUUUUUGGCAAAGCUCAGAAGAUGCAGGUACAGGGGAACCCAUAGGAGAAGAGAGAGGCGACAGUAGUGACUUCCUCAUGGAAGAUAUGAUCCCCACAUUCAAGACAGCCAUCCGAGCUGUCAGAAUACUACAGUUUCGUCUCUAUAAAAAAAAAUUCAAGGAGACAUUGAGGCCUUAUGAUGUAAAGGAUGUGAUAGAGCAAUAUUCAGCAGGACAUCUUGAUAUGCUUUCAAGAAUAAAGUAUCUUCAGGCAAGAGUAGAUAUGAUUUUUACACCUGGACCUCCAUCUACUCCCAAGCAUAAGAAAUCCCAAAAGGGAGGAGCUUUUUCUUACCCUUCACAACAGUCUCCCAGAAAUGAUCCAUAUGUAGCCAAAGCAUCUACAGCAGACACUGAAGACCAAAGUAUGAUGGGCAAAUUUGUUAAAGUUGAACGACAGGUUAAUGACAUGGGGAAGAAACUGGAUUUUCUUGUCGAUAUGCAUAUGCAUCACAUGGAACAGCUGCAAAUACAAGUCGCUGAGAUAAGUCCAUUGAAAGAAACUGCUUCUCCUGCAAAGGAGAAGAGAGAAGAAAACAAGUAUUCUGAAUUAAAAACAAUAAUAUACAAAUACACUGAGCAGUGUGCUCAUGAAACUCCGUACAGCUUCCAGCAGGUUCCAGUCAACAAAGUCAGUCCUUAUGGUUUCUCAGCACAUGGUCAUAUGACUCAUUCACAACCUUUAUCAACGGGUGGGCAAAACUCUGGCAAACUGCAAGCCACACCUUCUUCAACUUCAUAUGCAGAAAGGCCAACAGUUUUGCCUAUAUUUACAUUGAUGGACUCGCAGGUUAGCUACCACUCCCAAGGAGACCUGCAAAGCCCUUACUCAGACAAAGUGUCCCCGAGGCAGAGAAGGAGCUUAACAAGAGACAGCGAUACGCCAUUGUCCCUUCUCUCUGUCAACCAUGAGGAACUGGAGCGCUCCCCAAGUGGCUUCAGUAUCUCCCAAGACAGAGAUGACUUUCCUUUUGGCCCCAAUGGGGGAUCUGCAUGGAUGAGAGAGAAACGCUAUCUAGCAGAGGGAGAAACAGACACAGACACCGAUCCUUUUACACCAAGUGGCUCCAUGCCUUUGUCUUCAACAGGGGAUGGGAUUUCAGAUUCAAUAUGGACCCCUUCAAAUAAGCCAGUUUAAAAGUGUGGGGGGGUUAGUCACUGGUUGACUUCUCCAUGUAAUGUAAGCAUACUUUGUAUAUCUCACUUACUCUACACCCAAAGCUUACUAGUUCAAAACACCAAUGGCUGCAUAAGAUGCAUGUGUAAUUAGUGGUAGUCAUUCUGCACCAUUUCAUACAAUUUAAUAAUGCAGUUUUUUUCAUGCUACCAAAACUAAGGAGCUUAGUUUUGAGCACAGUUUGCAUGACUUUACCCUAUAUAAAUGGUACAGCUGAUUUCUUCUAUGAUACAUAUCUAUUUGAUACUCUUCAAUACGAGGUGGAUUGAUAACAGCCAAGAUAUGAUGGUCCUUGCUAAUCUUUGUAAACAGAGCAGCAAAGUCAAAACAGUUCCAGGAGCAAUAUGCUUUUGUGGAAAUAAAAGUCUGAAUCCAUUUUCCAAUAUAAGUAAAUCAAUUCCAACCUAGCCAACCUAGCCAAAAGGAUCUAAUAUUCAAAGGGAAAAAGCUGAGUCAAAGUAAAUAACAUUACUGAAACAGUUUUGUAAACUAAAUGUUUCUCAUGUUAUCUAUUACGCAACUACCCAUGAAAUACAAUGCCAAAUGAAAUCAGGGGUAGAUUAGUCAUUGAUGUUUAUUUACUGUAUAAAUUCUUCAAGCUACUUUGAAAAUCUCCACUAGUGGUUAUAAAAUUGCUGGAAGUGCAAGAGUGCGACUACAAUACUGUUUGGAAGAAAAAAACUUUUGCCAAGUCCAUUGGUUUCUUAUGGGGACAAGGUUUCUUUCUGUUAAAAAAAAAAAAAAAAAAAAAGAGAGAGAGAGAGAGAGAGAGAGAAGUAUUCAAUGUUGGGAAGCCCAGGUUUAUACCCUCCAUUUUUUUAUUUACUUACAUGAUGUUAAGCAAGCUGCAUAAUUCAAGUGUACUUCAGUUUCACAUCUGUUAAUUUAGAGUUACACUUACAUAUAUAGAAGUCGUGAGACUCAAUUUGCUAAUAUUUGUUGAGUGCUUUGAGCUCCUCAGAUGUGCAGAGUCUCGCUAUUUGUUCCCUGGGGGUUCCACAGUGCAGGAAGAUGCCAGGGUCUGGUUUACAGUUUCUCUUCAAAAUGGACUGAUCCAAAUCCAUGUAUGUGUAUCAUAUUUAACAUCAAUGUACAAAUAAAUAAAUACCAUUCUUGUGUCCUGUCCCUGAGCAACAGAGGUAUAAGUAUACUCAUUAGGCCUCAGCCAAAUAAUUUGCAUGGGAACUGGAAAAUGUGUUGAGGGAGAGCAAGGAAACCAUCCAGCCCACUGUGCACCGGGCAAAAAUGAAUCUGAGAUCUCACCACCACAAUGGGAAUGUAGUAUCUGCACAGCUAGUGUAAACAACUUGUCCAAAUAUCCUAUGCAGGAUUCAUCUGAUCUCCAUUCAGGAGUCCAUGAAAUAGUGUCCAUCUAAUGUCAAGUUUUAUUGCUAUGCACUUUACAGCUGUGGAAAAAGAAUCAAUACAGUCAGUGAGCGCAGGGUACAAGAACCAAAGCAUACAUCAUCUUUGGGAUAGGAUUAAUCAGACCUUUAAAUCCAUUAUCUACAAUUGCCAACUGACUUCAAAGGGAGCUGAGGGUGAUUUCCUUAGAAGUAGGCAUGUCACAGACACCCAUGAUCAGUGGAUGAGGCUCUCACCUCCACCCCUUUGAUCCACGGUGCAGCCUCUCUACCACGGCUCCUAUCCACUUUCUGUUAAGAAUCAUCUCUGCCACUCCAAAUGUUUAAUGAAUAGGUAGAGCACUGACCAACAAAGACAUAAGGAUUUGACCAAAAAAGAUAUUAGAAAGUGAUUUUUCUGUAGUGACUGUUAUACUGCAGCUAUACAACUGAGCAUCAUUGGUACGUGCAAUUAGAGCACAAGAAAGAGAUACACCCAGGGAUUCCCAUGUGUAUCUGUAACUGGGUAACACACAGGCCUGGGUAGAGUGUGCUUCAGUGAAAGACACUUUGUUGGGUUUUUCUCACUAUAGUAAACUUUGUGUUUGUUGAUUCUUUCAUAUUUUGACAUCUUGUGACAGGUAUUCCAUCUAGGCAUCUUCUAUUCUCUUCCAGAUGUAGGUAUUGCCUUCAUCUUCAUUAUUUAUUCUCUACCUAAGAGACGUCUAAAGGAUUAGGAUCUUUGUCUUCUAAGACUGGAUCUGCUUUUUAGCUAAAAUCAUGAUACACCUUUCUGGGCCAGAUCUUUAGGGAGAAGAAAUUGCUGUAGUUACUUGAGUAAACAAAGCACAACAAUUACAGCCUUUGAAGACUGAGCUGAGUCCAUGGGGCUAUUCUGAGGUCAGUAACUAUGAUAAUACAAGAUACAAUUUUGGUAAUUACUUAAUUGACAAAUAGUCUGUGUUUGCUGCAGUUUCAUGGAUAAACUCAAAGAGAAUAAAACUAGAUGAUGAAAGUGUAACUGACUGUAAUUUGACAUGUUGAGAAAAAAUUUUUGGCCACCAAUGAUUCCUGGAAAUAACUAUAAUGCACUUGCUGCAAUCUUUUUAACAUAAUAAUAUAUACCAAUGGUGACUCAUACGACUUAACCCUCAUGUGAUGAAUGAAAAAUAAUGAAAACUUAUAUUAACUUUGCUAGACUUCUUCUGAAGUUGUAAGUAUAUUGUAGACAAGCUUGUUUCAUAUUUCCAGUAUGCCAAGUGCCUGACAUUCCUACUGAUUUCAUUGCAGUUUGGACCUUCUUAAGAUUCUUUCUAGAGAUGAGAAAUCAAAAACCAAGGCAGCCCAAAGCCAAGGGCAAUUUGAGAAAUUUGUUUAUGAAGGUCUUUGACAGUGGCUAUGCCAUGCAGCUCUCUGCUCAAUUCCCCCUCCAAUUCUUCAGUUCAGUUUUCUAAUCUCUCCUAUGCCAGGUCAUAUAAAAGGAAUAUUUUCUCAGUAUUAAUCCUGGCUGAAAACCUGUAAAUCAACUCAUUAUAAAGGCAAAUUCCUUUUAAGAGAAAAUCCAAGCAGAGGCAAGGAUUUGGAUUGGUCUUAUCUGCACACAGAAGUGCAGACCUAGGGAAAUCAGGAUUUGGGCUACCCUAAAAUCUGUGCACUGUAGCACCUGAACUGCCUUCAAGUUAGGAUUUGCAGUGGGCUGUAAUCACCAAUUUACCAUAAAUAGGUUAAAAACACAGGGUCAGGUGUCUGUAGUUACAUCAUUAAAUAUUUAACGACAUGCUAAGUGACCAGUUAGGGCCUGCUUCAUCCUAAAGGUGUUGGUGGCAUGUUCACUAAGGCUGUGUGCAGUGGGCAUCUCUGGGUCCUCUGGAAAAGACACGUCAAGUAUGGUCUUACUAGCUUAUUUUACUAUUUAUUUUCCCCAACACACUUAUUUCAAUUGAAACCAGUCACUUGUCACUUCAGAAGGGUGAUGUGCUCAGCAGCACUGUCCUCCUAGAUCAUCUGGAUUAAAAAACAAAAUAAAACAAACAAACAAAAAACACAAAGUGCAUUCAUUUUGUUCUUUGUGUUGGCAAUGUAAAUGUGUCUAGAUAUCACCAGUAAGGUGAGACCUGGAAAUCUUCCCAGAUCUGAGAUGUGCACCAAAACUUCAUAAAACUCCACUUGAGGUUAAGUCCAAGGAGCGCAUCAACCGAGGAGCUGCAGUUUGUGUGUCUGCCAGAGAUACUGGGCAAAACAAACAAAAUAAAGUAUCUGUGGCUGUUAACUCUGGAGACAUUUAAAAGGUUAAGACCAUUUCUCAGAGUAGGUUUUCCACAAAUACAGAAAAAAAUUAUUAACAAUUUCAGGUGGAAGAGGCAUCCAGGUCCAUAAUAUUCUUCAUGCCCAUCUUCCAUCUGUGUGUGGCAUUCUAGUUUAACAGCUAUUAGUUUUCUUGGAGUUAAGUCUUUCCAGAAUCUUUGUUUAUGUAUAGUUAGCAUAAGAAAACAAUUAAUUGUUGAGAUCUGCUCUUUACUGACUCUUAACUUCUAUGAGUGAACAAGAAUCCAUUUCAGGCCUUGAAAUGUUUUUUAUAAUUAGUAAGUGUGGGGUUUUCUCUGCUCUCCUUUAAGUCAGUAAAAAACCUCAAACAAAUGCACUGGGUCAGAAUUAGGUCCUAAUCUGCUUUUAUUUAUAAAUUUCAAUGAUUUGGAGAUAUUUUUACACUGAUUUUUCUGUCGCUAUAAAUGAAGCUUAUCUGUAAGUUUUUGUAAAAGUUAAUAUGUGUUUACAUUGUGUACCUCUCUUUGCAACAUUAUCAUCAGUCAGGCUUCCUCAAUUUAAAUUCAAACCAAGAAUAUUUCAUUAAUGCAGAAGUGAAUGUCUAGGCUAAGUACACAGUUGUAGAAAAUGUGGUUUAUGCUCCAUUUAGCAAAUUGCUCCUUUAAGAAAAAAUCUAGUCAGGUAAUGGCUGUUGUCCUUACCUUGGCUUUUCCCUGUGCUAAAUUAAUUGGUUUGGCUCCUGUUAAAAUAAAUGGGAACUACACACAUGGAGAUAUUGAUAGUAUCUGUCCCUGAGCUGACUUUGGGUAUAUUUAUGUGAUUUUUAUCUCUAACUUUGCUGCAUUGUUACGGUUCAGAGUGGAAAUAUUUAUAUAUUUUUCUGUUUCAAAUAGUGGCCCAGAAAUGCCGCAAACUAAUUCCUGCCUGAACCCUUGCAUAGCAGGGUGGCUGACUCGUGGCCUUCCGGUGAGCACCAUGGUCCGAUCAGUUUGCAGGAUCAGGGCCUAAAGCAAUCAGAAAAUGUAGAUUAGGAAGCAAAUUCGUCCCUGCUGGGAGCCCAGUUUUUGCAGGAAUGGGAUUUGUCCCGCUUAGUGCAAAGCAUGUGAGAAAGAGACAGAUCUUAGAUCCUUGCACCCCUGCACUAAGCUUUAGGUGCCAAGAGCAAACCUAAAUUUUCUACAGCACCUCAUGAAUUUGAAGUGGUAUCACUUUCAGAAGGCCAACUGAACACGGAUGUUGCCUUUCAAAGACCAUUUCCAGAGGUGCGGAAGAAGGGGCCAUUUUCAAGUGUCUUUAGCUGGGCACCAUGAGAAUGAAGACACUGGCUAUCACUAUUACUUCUGAUUAUUUAGGCUGUAAGAUUUGAUCCUUCCCUGUUCAGCUUUUGGCAGCUUCCCUCUGAAGUAAAAUGAAGCAAAAAGCAGGAUCCUAUCUCCGUCCUCCAGAAUAUGCUGUGACUGAAGGUUACAUAGCCAACUGCAUUUUGUUUUCUAGUUAUGGCAUCUUAUUAUUACUAGUAUUUGUGCCUUGCUCACUGAAAUUUUCUCCAUGCUACAAAGAUGCUUUUCAGAUUCUGGCUGACAAGGGAACACAACUUUUUUACAAGUGGCCUUUAGUGCUCUUUAUAAUAUUAUUUAUUGUAAUUUUUAAACUGUAUGUGUAAUUUAUAUUCUGGCACUGUCCAAUAUUUGAACAACUUUAAUAUGUUUAUUUCAAUAUAUUAUGCAAACAAUACUUCUUAACUGAUUUUUUAUGUUCUGUCUUUAAAAACUGCACCACUUAUUAAUAAAUAGAAAUUUCAAUUA